AUGUCGGCCAACACGGAACUUCAACUUUUGGACUUGUUCAUCCUUUCCAUGAAGGCUUUCAAGAAUCUCAAUUUUUCUGCCGUGGCAAGGCAGCAACUGCCACUUAUUGCCAUUUUUGUCACACUCUGCUUGUUUGGUUCUGUCCUCUAUGCCCUUCAUCAAUAUUUCAGCUACAAUGACGGGUUGCCUAUUGUCAACCGCAAGUUUGCGCUGGAACCACGACUAUUUUCCCGCAUCCGCUGGGCUUUCUGGUCUGAUAAGAUCCUGGAUGAUGCUUAUGAAAAAUACAAAGGACGGCCAUAUCGUCUUGCUCGAGGAGAUGCAGAUAUCAUCGUCCUUCCCGAUAGUGCCAUUGGAGAGCUCAACAAGCUUCCCCAAGCUGCCAUCAGUUCAAGAAAAUCACACUCCUCAUCCUUGACGGGUCAUCUCAACGGCAUGGAUGUUGUGAAGGAAACAAAUCACCACGUAAAGAUGCUCCUAUCUCGAGUGACCCCCGCUCUGCCCAGUCUUCUUGGCGAUCUCAUGUAUCGAGUUCAAAACACCAUCACCGAUACACUUCCACAGAGCUCUGAAGAGUGGCAGGCCGUCGAGCCGGUGAACAAAGUCGUUCACCUCAUCAGCAAAGCUGUCACAUUAACCACCUUUGGUGCUCCCAUCUGCGACGAUCCCGACUUGCCUGUGCUCGUAUGGCUGACACCUUUCAAAUGGCGCUUGGAACGGAGUUGGAAGAGGCUAGAAGGAUUUGUCAUUCCAGAUGUGCAGCAUCGAAAAGAGGACAUAGGGACACGCUGCGUUAACACAGAUCUAAUCUCUUGUAUGAUCAGAGAAGCGAGCACAGAAGAAGAACGGGAUCCCUUCAUGCUGACUCGUCUCGUCGGUUCUGUGAUUGCCGGCGGAACAUACAGUUCGGCUGCAUUCGUCGUCGGCGUCAUCGCUGAUUUAGUCAACCACCCCGAAUAUCUCAAAGACAUCCAGGAGGAGAUCUGCCAAGUACACGAAGAUGUGCAGGGGAAAUGGGAUAUGAGUGCAUUUAACAGGCUCGACAAACUUGAUUCAGCUAUGAAAGAGACAUCACGACUGGCUCCGGGAAGCUUGCUCGUGUACAGUCGGUACAUUGAACAGGAUUGCGUUCUUUCCAGUGGUCUUCAGCUCAAGAAGGGCCAAUUUAUCACGACCUCAGGACACUCCAUUGCCAUGGACCCAGAGGUCUUUCCAGACCCAAGAAAAUACGAUGCAUUGAGAUCCUUCCGUAAUUUGGAGCGCCACCGUGCUCAACCGUUCAGAAGUGUUGAGGGCGAUGAUCAUCGUUGGGGAGCAGGUAGAUGGGCGUGCCCCGGAAGGUUUAUUGCCAGUAUUGUGUCAAAAAUAAUACUGGUAAAGUUGUUGGAUGAGUACGAGUUUGCAUUCAUUGGAAACAAACGACCAGCGACCCAGGUCAUGCAUGAAUUCGUCUUCAUGAGCCCCAAUGCAAAGAUGCUUGUUAGGCGGAAGAAGGAAGUUUUGGGUAUUUCUUAUUGA